CGUAUCUCAUUCUGGAAGAUUAGUUCCAUCGAACCAAGAAGCAACAUGGCGGAAUCAACAGAGAGCGCAAAAACCAUCUCUUUAGAAGAAGUUAAAAAGCAUAAUGCGGCGGGUUCGUCUUGGUUAAUUAUCCAUAACAGAGUUUAUGAUAUUACGAAAUUCUUAGAUGAGCAUCCUGGUGGAGAGGAAGUACUACUUGAACAAGCUGGUGGAGAUGCCACAGAAAACUUUGAAGAUGUAGGGCAUUCUUCUGAUGCUAGGGAACUGAUGGAGCAGUACUUUGUUGGGGAGCUUACUGAGGAAGAUCAGAUUCCAGAGAAGUCUAAAGAGAAGAAAACUAUUCAACAUGAUGAAGGCAAACCUAACUGGAUAAAUAACAUUCUUUUGCCAGCGGGAGCUGCAGCUGUUGUAAUUGCCAUUGCUGUUUACAAGUAUUUCCACUCUUAGGAAAAAUCUGUUUUGAACCAGAAACAAAAGAACUUGUAAUCAUUCUGAAAUAAUACCAAGGAAAACCGUUAGAAAGUUGAUCGAAACAUCCCUAUCACAGGAGGUGUCUUUCUCAAUGAAAAGAAACUGAAUUAAAAAAAUUAUCUUUUUCCCCUACAAACUUUCUCUGUUUCUCUUCAGCUUUUAAUGGUAACUCUUCUUUCUACUAAGAAAGACUUUUUAUCAAAUAGUUUAGUAUGUUAAGGGCAGCUUUGGAAAGAACUGUCCAUGCUGGAGUGUGGCUAAAUAGUAAAUGAACAUUAGUUAUUCUGUUUGUACUCUA